AGUCCAAUUAUAAUAUGGACAUAUCGCUCUUCAGACAGCUUGUGCGGUCCCAGACUGGAUAACUACACCUUUGUUGGUUUUAUUUUGUACACCUUUACCCAGCCUUUGAUGCUGGACUGGCUCACUACAGUGACAGUAUGUUGAGCGGUGCGCGCGCUCCGCACGUUUGAUGACGCUCCGCUGUAAACAUCACUGACGUGUUAGUCGCGUGAGGGAAUCUAUUAAACUUGGAUUUUGGCGAGCGACACUGUAUUCUUCAAACCAACCUGCGCCUGCAAACCCAGCAACAUACGUCCACACUGCGAUGGCAAGAAAAUCCCAAGUCCCGUCUGCGUAUUAUGGUGAACCUCGCAAGUUUGACCCAACAUUUAGAGGGCCAGUUUACAACAGAGGCUGCACAGAUGUGCUGUGCUGUGUGCUCUUCACCAUUGUCAUCCUCGGCUACAUUGCACUGGGCACUGUGGCAUGGAUUUAUGGGGACCCAAGGAAAGUCAUUUACCCAACGGACAGCACGGGUCAGUUCUGUGGACAGAAGGGCACACCAAAUGCAAAGAAAGCCAUAUUAUUCUACUUCAACAUACUGAAAUGUGCCAGUCCUGCUGUCCUGAUAAACCUCCAGUGCCCUACUACUCAGAUGUGUGUUUCCAAGUGCCCAGAUCGAUUCGCAACGUACACAGAUAUGCAGCUCCAUUAUAGAUUCAACAAGAGCCACUGGGAUUAUUAUAAACAGUUCUGCAAGCCAGGCUUCAAUAACCCUAAAAAGUCUGUGACACAAGUGCUGCGAGAUGAGGACUGUCCAUCAAUGAUAGUGCCAAGCCGACCAUUUUUACAGCGCUGCUUACCAGACUUCAUCACCAGAAAUGGCACCCUAACAGUAGCUAACAAAACCGCUUUCAAAGAUGCACUGGACACAGCCAGAAGUGUGUCUGAACUUAGAGAUGCAGCCAAUGGCAUUGCAAGUAUCCAUGAGGCCAAAGAGGUGGGAAUGAAGAUUGUGCAGGAUUAUGCCAGAUGUUGGUACUGGAUAGUGAUAGGGCUGGUCAUAGCGCUGGUCAUCAGUCUGAUCUUCAUCUUGCUGCUGCGAUUCACCGCAGGCUUCCUCCUCUGGUUCAUCAUCAUCGCUGUUAUCCUGCUUGUGGCCUACGGUAUCUGGCACUGUUACUGGGAGUUCACUGUUCUCAGGAAGACCCCCGGAGCGGACGUCACUAUCUCUGACAUCGGCUUCCAGACUGACCUCCACGUCUACUUACAACUCAGUCAGACAUGGCUCGUCUUCAUGGUGACUCUGGGUUUGACUGAAGUCUCCAUAGUCUUAAUACUCAUAUUCCUGAGAAAGCGGGUUCGCAUUGCUAUCGCUCUGCUCAGAGAGGGCAGCAGGGCCAUCAGUUACAUCAUGUCCGCUCUGUUCUACCCCAUCAUCACCUUUGUGCUUCUGGCCGUCUGUAUCGCCUACUGGGCCAUGACUGCACUCUUUCUUGCAUCUUCUGGCGAUGCUGUUUACAAAGUAACUUCAGUCCAUCCCAACUGCAAGUAUGCCAACCGAACCUGCAAUCCUGAGAGCUUCAACAGGACCAACAUCAGCAUGCAGUGUCCAGGUGCUCAGUGUCUUUUUGCCUUUUACGGGGGUGAGAGCUUGUACCAUCGCUACAUCUUCAUCCUCCAGCUCUGUAAUCUGCUGGUCUUCCUCUGGCUGGUUAAUUUCACCAUUGCUCUGGGACAGUGCACCAUCGCUGGGGCGUUCGCCUCGUAUUACUGGGCCCGGAGGAAGCCCGCAGACAUCCCUCCCUGCCCAGUGUUCUCCUCUUUUUCCAGGGCCAUACGGUAUCACACAGGCUCUCUUGCUUUCGGCUCUCUCAUCUUAGCAGUGGUUCAACUCAUCCGAGUCAUUCUGGAGUAUCUGGACCACAAACUUAAAGGAGCUCACAAUGUGUUUGCACGGUUCCUGCUCUGCUGUCUGAAGUGCUGCUUCUGGUGUCUGGAGCGAUUUAUACGCUUUAUGAACAGGAAUGCUUACAUAAUGAUUGCUAUUUAUGGGAAGAACUUCUGCACAUCAGCGCGAGAGGCGUUCUAUUUAUUGAUGAGGAAUGUAGUGAGGGUGGCAGUGUUGGACAAAGUCACGGACUUCUUGCUCUUCCUGGGGAAACUGCUGAUAGCAGGGAGUGUUGGUGUUAUUGCCUUCCUCCUCUUUACACGCAAGAUACCCAUCAUCCAAGAGGAGGUGCCCGUGUUGAAUUACUACUGCGUGCCUCUCUUGACGGUAAUACUGGGUUCAUACUUAAUUGCGCACAGCUUCUUCAGCGUCUAUGCAAUGUGUGUGGACACUUUGUUCCUUUGUUUCUGCGAAGACUUGGAGAGAAAUGACGGGACAACGGCCAAGCCUUUCCUCAUGUCUCCCGGCCUGAAAAGAAUUCUGGGAAGAGCCGAGCUGAGCCCCAAGAAGUCACGCGGAUAAAACCCUCCGAAUCUAUGAGAAUACCUUUACUCGACUUACAUACUUAGCAUGCAUUAACUUACAGUAUAUUAUAGCUGAAGUCGUGGACUACAUUUUGUAAUGGGAGCUGAGGAAUUAUGGGAAGUGUUGACGUGACCAUCCACCUCAAGAAAAGACCAAAGACUCUCUCUGCACCGUAACAGCAACUAACCCAGGACAUGGAGCUUUGGCUUUUCUGACACAGACCCUACACUGCAUACUAACAUGUUUGCCUCUUACUGCUGCCUUAUUCUGGGAAAAUGAUUACUGACAUUUAAAAGCUGCCUGAGAUUGGACACCUUGAGAAAAGAAGCCCAACUUGUUGAUGUUGAUGUUCGCAA